AUGGAGGCGACGCUGCUGCGCCCCGCGGACUGCAAACCUCCCAGCGGGCGAAGAAUGAAGGCCCGGGCUCCCCCUCCGCCAAACCAGCCUCCUGCUUCGUGUAAAGUUAAUAAUGAACCCAAAUUAACCACAGACGUGGGAAUGCUUCCUGAUCAGGGUGGGAUAAACAUGAAGGAAAACAUGAUUAACAGAACAGUGGACUUUACAGUAGUUUUUCCAGAUGGAGAAGAGCAGAAGAAUACUGUGCAUGGGAGUAAAGCUGUGAUGGACCUGUUAGUUGACUUGUGCAGCCGUUACCACUUGAAUCCAGCCCACCACACUCUUGAGCUUCAGUCUUGGGGGACCCCACAACCUUUGCAGUACAAGCCAAAUACAUUGAUAGGGGCACUGGAUGUACAGAAGAUACUUCUCAAGGAGAAGACUCCUGAAGGAAAGACAAAGAGGCCUCCACCCAAGAUUCCCGAGAAAACCGUGAGGCUGGUAGUAAAUUACCUCAAGACACAAAAGGCGGUGGUUCGAGUGAAUCCUGAGGUGCCCCUUGAGAGUAUAAUCCCAGCCAUUUGUGAAAAAUGUGAGGUCAGUCAGGAACACCUCACCCUCUUGAGAGAUACCAUCACUGGGGAGGAGUUGGAACUCACCAAAUCAUUGAACGAACUAGGGAUAAAGGAGCUCUAUGCGUGGGACAGAAAAAGAGUCCUGCCAUCAAAAGCUCAAUCUGAACCUUCUCUGAACUGUAGAGAGACAAGAAAUUCAACUAGCUCUGACCCAGUGGAAAAAGAAAAGAAAAGAUUUCUGGGAUUUUUCAAAACUAAUAAAAGAAACAGUAAGGCAGAAGAGUCCUUGGUGAGGAUGGAUGUGGAUUAUGCCAGCGAAGAGCCUUUAAAAUCAACUACAGCAAGUCAACAAAGCCUGGAUAGAAUCACAACAGCUCCCAAUUCUCCUUCAGUGAAUUCUUGUUCCAUUACUCUGGGUCCAUCGCUGUCUCUUGGGAACAUCUCAGGAAUGACUGCAAGCAGCGAAAUCAAAAAGCGGCGAGCACCUCCCCCUCCAACAGCGAUGCCUCCCAGUGGGGAGACAAAUGGACAGGAAAAAACACCAAGUCAGAUGUCUCAAAGUUCAUCACAAAAUGAAUUACAGAAGAAAAAGAGACGCGCCCCUCCUCCACCAACUCCUACAAUGCCAAACAUGAUAGAGGAAAUGGAGGACAAGAGGCAAAGCAGAGUUGGUGAUGGACGGCAUGUGCCACAAAAGCCUCCUAGAGGCAACCCGCGUGGUCCACCCCAGUUAGUGAUUCCCCCACCCCCACCAUACCCUCCUCCUGACUCAGAUAUGGACCCAACUGUAUUGUACAAUGGAACAGAUGGUACAGACACAACCAAACUGGUACCUAAAUGUGAUGAACAGAUUUCAAAUGGUAACAAUGAUAGCACAGAUGAUAUAGUUCUGGAACUGUCAGAAAUAGAGGAGACCACCUCUGUUAGCAGCUGCUUUGCCUCAGAGGACACCACAGAAGAUUCAGGUGUUAUGAGCUCUCCCUCUGAUAUUGUGUCGUUGGAGUCACAAAACGAUAGCAUGACGUCAAGAGACAAAUCUGUCAAUGCCCAGGACACCUUGGCUGGAAUAGAGUCCACAAUCAUUGCAGAGUGUUGCUCUUUAAAGAACGCUUCCUUCAAUUCUGAUGAGUCUGGGAACUUUCACCGAAGCAUGGAAGAGGAUGAAAUGAUGGAAGCGAAAUAUGAAAAUUCAGAGACAUUCAUUGCUGCUCGGCUGGAACAGACCUUGGCUGCAUUCGAUAAAGAACUAGCAGCAAUGGAAGGUACGCAUGAAGAUUCCGAAAGCAGGUGUAUACCCAGUGAGAUGGAUGGUCCUCUUCUGCAAAAUUUUAAGCCUGCAGAAGAUAUUCCAUCUGCUGUGCCCGUGACAAUUAUAGAUGACGUUCCAGAAGCUGAUAUUGCAAUGCACUACGUUAGAGAAGCAGGAGACGCUUUGCCUUCCCAGAUGCAGGCUAAUGAAGACGUUCCAGUUAACCCCAUUAGCCUAGGGAAGCCAUCCAAUGAGAACAACAAUGCUGGAUCUUUCAGUAAGGGAUAUGUGAACAGUGGAUCUCCCUGUUUAUUUAAGGGGUUAUUACGACAGCAGUCACCUGUUCCAGACUUUAGACACCAAAAUGAAGAAGAGAGGAAAUACGAGUCUGAGACACGAGCAUCAUCAUGGGAGGAAAGGAACAAGGACGAGGCAAACCUGGAGGUUGUGUCUAAAAAUGCUGCUAACUUCAAACUUACGAACAAAGUUAAUGGCACAAAGGAGAAAGCGAAGUCACCGAACGAACAGAAUGCCAAGGAAGAGCUUCCAAGCAAAAUGGAAAUGGAAUUCAGGCCAGCAUCGGCAAGAUCCACUGAGGAUAUGGAAGCUGCCCCUCCACCAUCCCUGUGGUCCAAUCGUGUUCACAAUAUCAUAGCAAGCUAUGAGCCUAAGAUAGGCCUCACGACCUUUAAAGUUGUUCCUCCCAAACCGGAAGUGAAACGCUUUGACACAGACGUCUCUCUCUCCACUGGUGCCAUUAAAAUAGACGAGCUGGGCAACUUGGUGACUCCAAAUACUGGGGGAAUUAAAACGAUUGCAGUAAACACGCCUUUGAGUGAAACAGGGGAAACCCUCAUUGGAAGAGCCAAAGCAUACUGGAGGUCCAACUCUACAGAAAAACCACUUGACAAGUCCCCAGUAGGUUAUUUUAAUAAACUCCCAGUCAUCCCUAAUUCCAAACCCCUAAGUAAAGCAUCUGAAACGCAACAUGACUGCCUUACGAGUCGGAAAGUGGCAGCUGUGCCACUAGUUGCUUCAAAAGUAAUUGAAAAUCAUUUGGGCCCUGAAAAAAGUAAGCCAUCUCUUCAGUAUCCAGAGAAAACACCAACUGUCCCAGUAGGUAACAAGGAUAAGAUGGAGCUGCCAUUUCAGAAGCCCCAAAGAAGAACAUCAAGCCAUUACGUAGCCUCUGCGAUCGCAAAAUCCUUGGAUCCACCCCAGUUUAGAACCAAUAGGGAAAGACGUGACAAGGAAGAAGAAAACAGUGCUCAGAGGGGGGCAAAAUUUGAAGUGGAAUCCCUUCCUAAAAGAUGUAUUAUUGUGGCCAAAUCUUGCCCAGUGGAACCACAGCCGGCAAGAACAAAUGAAGGUUAUUCAAGUAUCUUCAGUUGCAAUAGAAAUACAGCAAAUACACGACCAAGUGGUGCUCAGUCCGAGAUGACAAACAACGCUGCCAACAUUGGGUCACUGAAUCAGACCAGUCCUACUAGUAAUUACAGAAGGAGCUUCAGUGCGCUAUUUACCACAGUUUCUUCCCAAGAUGGUGUCACGGAAAAGGAGACCAGUUGUGACUCCACACAAAAUGCCAUUGUUAGGGAAAAAACUUCAACAACAUUCACUCAAAAUGCUGAACAGGCUGGUCAGAAUAGUUCCCUCUCCUUCCUUAGACCAUUUCAUGCCCCCUCAACUUUCAUCGCUUCCAGCUCCCUUAUGAAGUCAGGUAGUGGGCAUUCUGUCCACAGUGGAUCCCUGGAAUGUAACGGUACCCCUCUGGUUAACCACGUGGCUUCUGAAAAAGGAGAGAAUCUUGGCAGUGCCUCUACCGGGAGUGAACUGGAGCCUCAUAUCAGGGAAGACAACAACAUCUAUAGUGUCUUUGGGCCAAAGAAAAAGUUUAAACCAAUCAUCCAGAAGCCGCUUCCAAAAGACAUGUCACUCCACAGUGCUUUGAUGGAAGCCAUCCAAACUGCGGGAGGAAAAGAAAAGCUUCGGAAGAUUUCGGACAACACCGUGAACGGAACUCAGAAGAAAGCAUUGGUUUCGGACCCAGAGAAUGAGCGCUCUGCCCUCCUGGCAGCCAUUAGAGGUCACAGUGGAGCCUCCAAGUUGAGAAAGACCUCUUCAUCUGCUUCUGAAGAGUUGCAGAGCUUCCGGAACACAGAAUUAGGCUUGCAGAUCAGAGAAGCCCCUCCGACAGAGCGGCAGCGUAAUCCUCCCCUGCCAUUGCCACUGCUGCCGCCGCCACCACCACCACCACCACCUGCUCAUUUGUCAACAAAAACUCCUAGGACCCUGGCAAGUAGCAAUACCGAAAACCCAGGUGAUGCAAGGCAGGCCCUUAUGGAAGCCAUCCGUUCGGGCACUGGGGCAGCACGCUUAAGAAAGGUCCCCCUGCUUGUCUGAGCACUGGAUUCUCCAGUUACAGAAUGUCACCCACAUCCUUAUCUAUUGAUUAUGGACAUUCUUAGAAAAUAAUUCCGAG